AUGAGUGAUAAAGAGCCACUAUUAAAACAAUAUAACACAUUACAUAGUAACAAUGAUAGCGGUAAUCAAAAUAAAAGUUUUUCUGAUUGGCGUCAAUAUUUCAAUCAGCAAAAGACUGAUACUAGGGAUAAAAAGUCAAAUGGUGAGAUCAAACAUACUACUAAAGAUAUCCCAGUCAGCAUUUUUCAAUUGUUUCGAUUUGCUGAACGUAUUGAUAUUCUUCUUUUAAUUCUUGGUCUGUGCUUCAUGUUAGGGCAUGUAGUUGGUGCUGUCUCGAAUGUACUUCUUUUUGGUCGAAUCACGGGAUUAUUUGCCACUACAUCAUUUGCUGUUGAUUGUGAUAAUCAAUAUCAAAAUUUAGCAUCUACAAUUAUCAAUAAUACUGUAUGUCCUUUUGGUAUUGAACUUAAUCCAUUAAAUUAUGAUCGAUUAAAUAAGCUAUGUCAUUAUGAUAAUAAAAUUAUUUCAUCCACAUUAGCUCCAUUAACACCUUUAUUUCAUGAGAAUGUGAUGCAUCUAGUUUAUUGCUUUUUCGGUUUCAGUAUUCUUACAUAUGUAAGUGCUUCUCUUGAAUAUUUCUGUUGGACAGUUGCUACGAAACGGCAGACAUCUCGUAUGAGUGCUUUACUAUUACGAUCACUUAUUCAACGAAACAUGACUUACUUGGAUACAAAUCAAAUUACUCAAUACAAUACGACGCUUUUUACUAAUAUUGAAAAGAUCAAAAACGGAAUAGGCUUUGAAUUCUUAAUGCCAAUUGCAGUUAGUCUACACGUGAUUGUCAGUAUAAUCGUAUCUUUUAUUGUCAAUUGGCAAUUGUCUUUAAUUAUGUCUUGUAUAAUUCCAAUUAUUUGUGGUAGUUCAUUGAUGUUUGCUAAGGUCGUCACUAGAGAAACAAAAGAACAGUUACGUACAUAUUCAAAAGCUGGACAAAUCGCUCAAGAAGUGUUUAGUUCAUUAAGAACUGUUCUUUCAUUCAAUGGAAGCCAAUCGCAACAAAAAAAAUAUGAAAAAGAAUUAAAAUUAAAUGAAUGGCAUACCGUUCGCAAAGAUGCUGCAUUUGGUGUUUUUACUGGUUGGUUAUUUUUUAUGAACUUUGCAGUUUAUUCAAUUGGUUUUACUUUUGGUGCCAUUCUUAUGUCUUAUGGAAAUCAUCGUACAGUAACCAUUAGUGAAAUUCUUGUUGUUGUAAGUAUGUUUGCACAAGGUUUAAGUCUGUUUAAUCAAAUGGGACCUUUCUUCCAAUCAAUUUCGGAAGCUCAAGGUGCAGCGGUAUCUGUAUUUCGACUUAUUGCUGAGGCACAUGAUGAAAAUCUGAAUGAAAGAGAAAUAUUGGAAGAAAACAUAUCUGAUGAAAGAUCUAUUCCAAAUAUCAAUGGUAAUAUUGAAUUUGACAAUGUUAGUUUUUCUUAUCCAUCUAGAGAAAAUGUAACAACUUUGAAUAAUCUUAAAUUGAUUGCUCGUGCUAAUCAAACAACUGCUCUUGUAGGUUCAAGUGGUUGUGGAAAAAGUACAUGUGUAUCACUUCUUCUUCGCUAUUAUGAACCUUCUUCAGGCAGAAUUAUGAUUGAUGGUCAAUCAAUUACAGAUCAUAAAAUCAAACAAUUUCGUCAAAAUAUUGGAGUUGUUAGUCAAGAACCUAUUCUAUUUGGAUUAAGUAUUUAUGAAAAUAUUCGUUUUGGUAAAUUGAAUGCAACACGUGCAGAGAUUGAACAUGCUGCAGAACAAGCCAAUGCACAUAAAUUCAUUAUGAAAUUACCAAAUAAAUAUGAAACACUUGUUGGUGAACGUGGUAUACAAUUGAGUGGUGGUGAAAAACAACGUAUUGCAUUAGCUCGUGCACUUGUCAAGCAACCCAACAUUCUUUUGUUAGAUGAAGCAACAAGUGCACUUGAUAAUGUUAGUGAAAGAAUUGUUCAAGAAGCACUGGAUCGAGCAUGCAAAAAUCGUACAACUAUUGUUAUUGCUCAUCGUUUGACUACGAUUCAAAACGCUGAUUAUAUCUA